AUGCUGCUACUUCACACUUUUUGUUUUAUACUGCCAGGAGUUGCCGCUCUUGCGCUUCGCUCACCAACACCUCGAUCUACCUUUUCUGUGCCUCAAGUGGGCAACCCAGACUAUACUGGCUUCGCCACCAGUGGACCGGCGGCGCUGGCACGAACUUAUGCCAAGUACGGGAGAACCUUGCCUGAUUAUGUAUACAGAGCUGUCGAGCAUGCAAAAGCUGCAUUCCAUGAUAAAGGUUCGGUGACAAAUCAGCCCCAAGUCUUAGAUUCGGCCUAUCUUUGUGAGGUCAGCCUGGGAUCACCCCCGCAGAGCUUGUUUCUGGAUUUUGACACUGGCUCAUCUGAUCUUUGGGUUUUCUCGUCUAUAACUGAUCCUUCGGUUGUCGGACGUCAAAAGCUUUACGCGCCCGAAAGAAGUAAGACAUCUCGGAAGAUAGACGGUGCUAGUUGGAGUAUCAAGUAUGGAGAUGGCACCUCAGCCUACGGGGAUGUUUAUCUCGACCAGGUUGAUGUCGGUGGUAUUGUCGUCAAGUCCCAAGCAAUUGAGGCAGCGACAAACGUUAGCAACCGAUUCACUGCUAAUUCCGCCGAAUCAGGCCUCUUGGGCCUUGCUUUUGGCACUAUCAACACCGUCAAACCGACAAAACAGGCCACGUUUUUCGACAACGUAAAGGCUGUCUUGGCAGAACCGCUCUUCACUGUGGAUCUGAAGAAGGGUGCUUUUGGUACAUACGACUUUGGCUAUGUUGACCAGAAUAAGAAGACGAGCCACAUAACAUGGACUUCUGUUAACAGUUCUAGAGGCUUUUGGGAUAUCUCCUCGACAGGCUAUGCCGUCGGAAACAACAAAUUCAUCAAAACUUCCAUCAAUGGCAUAGUUGACACUGGGACCACGCUUCUUUUCCUGCCUGAUGAGAUUGUGCAAGGGUAUUACCGCAAUGUUAAAGACAGCACUUAUUCAACCAUCGAGGGAGGCUGGAUAUUUCCUUGCGAUAACGAGAACAACCCCGACUUUACUUUCGGCAUUGGAGCGCACUAUCGCGGCCGGAUACCUGGCUCGUAUAUGAACUAUGCGCAAGCGAUCUCACAGUUUGGAUACUGUUUCGGUGGAAUUCAAUCUGAUGUUGACUUCGGCUUUUCUAUUUACGGAGAUAUCCUUCUUAAGUCUCAGUUUGUCGUGUUUGAUGGAGGCAAUACCAGAGUGGGCUUUGCCUCAAAGAAACUUUAA